AUGGAAGGAAACUGGUUCACCAGGAAGAGAUUUCCCUUCUGCCUUGUUCUCAGUCUUCUGCUUCAAGGAUGGGGCAGUACUUUCACCAUCAACUGCUCAGAGUAUGGCCCGCAUGGGGUGGAUGAGACUGUUCUGGAUUCAACAUUCGACAGAAAGUUCCAUUCAGUCAUUAACUUCAUUGUCCCUAUCCACGUCAACAUCUCCCUCAGGAUAUCUGCCAUCCUAGACGUAGAUGAACAGCUACAGAUCAUGUCAUCAUUCCUGUGGCUGGAAAUGAUCUGGGAUAACCCAUCUAUCAGCUGGAACCCAGAGGACUAUGAGGGCAUCACAGAGAUCAGUAUGGCGGCCAAGAACCUGUGGAUCCCAGACAUUUUCAUUGUUGAGUUCAUGGAUGUGGAUAAGACCCCAAGAGGCCUCACAGCACUUGUAAGUAAUGAAGAUCGCAUCAGGUACAAGAAAUUCAUAAGGGUGACUAGUAUCUGUAACUUGGACAUCUUCUAUUUCCCCUUUGACCAGCAAAACUGCACACUCACCUUCAACUCAUUUCUCUACACAGUGAAUAACAUGGUGCUGGGUGUGGAGAAAGAAGGGUGGGAAAGAACAGACAAGUUCCAAGACACUGUUCAGGUGCACGGAGAAUGGGAGCUCCUGAGCAUUAAAAAGGCCAUUCCAGAGAUAUCCAAGGCCACUAAGCUGUAUGAUCAGAUCAUGUUCUAUGUGGCCAUCAGACGCAGGCCUAGGCUGUAUGUGAUAAACCUCCUGGUACCCAGUGGCUUUCUGGUGGCCAUUGACACACUCAGUUUCUACCCGCCAGCUCCAUUCAAGAUGACCUUUCUGCUGGGCUACGGCAUCUUCCUGCUCAUGAUGAAUGACUUACUCUCCGUCAGUGGCAGCCCCCUCAUCAGUUUAGCAUAAUUUUCUUUGCCCUAUGUCUCCUUCGCCCUGUGUCUGUCCCUGAUGGUGGCCAGCCUCCUGGAGACCAUCUUCAUCACUUACCUCCUGCACCUAGCCCCCACCCAGCCCCCACCCAUGCCUGGGUGACUCCACUCCAUGCUGCUACACUGCACCAGCCCAAGGAGGUGCUGCCCCACUGGACCCCAGCAGGGGAACAAGGGCCCGGGUCUCAGCCCCACCCACCUGCCUGGGCUGAAGGAGCCAGUAGACUUGGUGGGGAAGGUGCCAGGACCCAGAGAGACAGAGCCAAAUGGGUGUCCUGAAUCAGCAAGAGCCCAGUGGGAACUGGAGGCCCAGAAACAGAGCUUGGUGGAACUGUGGGUGGAGUUCAGCCACCUGAUGGACACCUUGCUCUUCCAUCUCUACCUGCUCUUCAUGGCCUCCUCCGUCAUCACAGUCAUUGCCCUCUGGAACACCUAG